ACAGUUAGCCUGUUAGCCCCGGAGCAGGCUAGUCCAGUGGUGUAAGUUACCAUGGUUACUGAGUGGGGAUGACUUUGAUGUAACGCAUCUCUCACUUAAAUUCGCGAGAAUUAUCAUAUUAAACCACUUUAUUAUAUUAAUCCACUUUGAUCAGCCCGCUCACCACAAGCGGAACCUUUGAUUUUGAUUCUUUUUUUCCAGUCGGACAACAUUAACUCGAGACUUUCUCCGCAGAAAAUGGCGACUAACGUGUUGUUCGUCCCCCCGCUGGACUACAACAUGUCCAAGUCUGAGAUCCUGAGAGCGGUGGUCGCGGAGAGGCUGUCCACGGCCGCGCAGGAGAUCUUCGCGGUCGUGGACAGGACCGUGUCCGGCUACGAGGAGGAGGCUGCGGGUCUGAGGCUGGAGGUGGACCGGCAGAGGAAGCUGCUGGAGCUGGUCCUGCAGCCGCGGGUCACUCUCUGCAGAGCAGGUGACAGCGGAGCACCUGAACCUGUUAAAAAACCUGAUAAUAUAAGAUCUUCAACCAGCAGAGAAGAAGCUGGAGGUGAGGACGAGGCUGCAGGAGCUGAUCUCCACCAGCAGGAGGAGCAGCACACUAUGUUUUGCCCAGAUGUGGAGGACAGUGUGAGCUGGGAAGUCUCUGGUGAGGAUGAAGAGUCCACUGAGGAGCCGGAGCAGAGCGCCAGUCUGGAGCUGUGGGAUCCGGAUCGGCAGAAUCCAAAAAGACGUCGGACUGUGAGGAGGAAACGCAGGACCUGGGCUCCUCUGAGCCUCCGAGUCUGUCUGCUGCAGGACUGUCACACCGAUAAACUCAGAAAAGUGUUGAAGUCCCCGAUGCUGGAGGUGAGCUGUCCCCGAGGCCUGAAGGAAGCCGACUUCCUGGACCUGAUGAGGUCCACCUUCCCACAGCUGACCGGACCGUUCGACGCCUUCACCACCGACGCCUCCAGGACGUUGACGCCGCUGAACGUCCGUACGCUGACGCCAGAGGAGAUCCAGAGGUCCAUCAGGUCCACGGGGAAAGGACGAUCCGCCCUGUACAUCCGACCAGUGAAGACAUCUCAGAAGAACACGGAGCAACUUCCUCCUCCACAGAGAGACGAGGAAGCCGCUGAGGACUCAAGAAGUGAUGAAGACAGUCAUGUAAUAAAAGUGGAGAGCGACGAAGCAGAUGAUCUGUGGAGCAACUUGAGGCGACAACAACAAACAGAAACAGAAGAACAAUCUGCAGCUGAGAGCGAAGCGGACCGCGGAGAUGACGAUGAUGACGACUGGAACCCAGACAAGAAAGACGAGCUGCUGAGGCAGAGGGGAGCUGAGAAGACGACGAGGAGGCGGCGAGCAGUUAAAACAAAGAGAAGGACCUCGUCGGACGACGGCAGCGCUCCUCUGUCCUGUAAAGUGUGCCGGGCUCUGCACGGAUCCACCAGCAUGCUGAUCAAACACUCCUGGAGCCACGUGGACGAUCCGGAGAACAUCUGUGGAGCGUGUGGAGAACGUUUGGAGUCUGCAGAGGAGCUGAGAAACCAUCUUCACUCUCACCAGAAAACACACAGCUGCGACGUCUGCGGGAAGUCUUUCGUUACGGCUGUCAGUCGAAACCGGCACGCUGCUCUGCACACGGGAGAGAAACCCUACAAAUGUGACAUCUGCCACAAAGCGUAUUCUUUCAAAUACAGCCUGCAGAUCCACCAGUGGGAACACGUGGAGGAAAAACCACACAAGUGUGACGUCUGUAGCAAGACUUUUAUUUUCAAACAUCAGCUGAGGAUUCACAACAGGACCCACACCGGAGAGAAACCCUACCGCUGCGACGUGUGUGGGAAAUCUUACGGUGACUUUCGUUCUUUAUCCAAACACAAGUUGUAUCACAGUGGGGAGAAACGCUACAGCUGUCAGGUUUGCGGAAAGCGAUUUAUAGCUCCCGGAAAUCUGAGACAACAUGAGAAAAUCCACACGGACCGACUUAAGACUCACCUCUGCCAUGUUUGCUGCAAAGCGUUUCACACAGGUGGCCAGUUAAAGGUUCACCUGAGGAUACACAGCGAGGAGAAGAUCAUAUGUAGCGAGUGCGGCAAGGGGUUGUCUUCCCGAGGAGCCCUGAAGAGACACAUGAUGAUGCACAACGGGGAGAAACCGUACGAGUGCUCAGAGUGCGGUCACACGUUUACCUGCAGGUACACUCUCAGUGCUCACCUGAGGACACACCUGGGCAUCAAACUCUUCAUCUGCGGGGUUUGCGGGAAACCUUUCGCUCGCAACGAACACCUGACGAUCCACAUGAGGACCCACAGCGGGGAGAGACCGUACCAGUGCACCGUCUGUGGCAAAGCCUUCACGCAGAGCCACUGUCUGAAGACACACAUGAAGAGCCACCAGGGAGAAGAGUCGGCAUCAGGCGGACUGAAGCCCUGAAGUGUCUUUUUUCUUACUUAAAACUUAAAAAACUCACUGUUAAUAUGGAAAAAUGUAACAAGAAUUUGUUAUUUAAAGCGUUUGGUUUCUGAUGCUUAAAAAGUACCGUAGUAAUUCGAUUUAUCGUUGAUUGAUUUCGAUUUGUCGUUGAUAGAUUUCAGAUUUCAGAUUGAUUUCGCAGACACUACAGCUUUUCUCCAAAAUCAAGUUUGAACUAAUCAAAAGUAAAAGAUAAUUUCUUUGUCCUAGUUUGAACUUUUACAGACGUAGUCAUUAUA